AUGACAGUUUGUGGGCUGUACAAAGUGAACUCUACUGUAUUGAAUUCAUCUGCCUUAGGGCACACACCAAGAAAUAUUAGGCUGAAGCGUGCACGGUCUCGAAGUCCGUCUCCAGCGAUGGAGAACGGCAAACUGACGGCCGCCCAGUCAAUGGAAUCUGUUGAUAACGCUGCAACAGCAUCCGCGGUUCCAUCGACGCAGGUGCGUACGCUGUUCGUUUCUGGUUUACCAAUGGAUGCUAAACCUCGAGAACUGUAUUUGCUGUUUCGUGCAUAUUCGGGCUAUGAAAGCUCGCUAUUGAAGAUAACCUCAAAGAAUGGUAAAACAGCUUCACCAGUCGGUUUUGUGACAUUUUCGACGAAGGCUGAAGCUGACGAAGCUCGUAAGGCGCUACAGGGUGUUCGGUUUGAUCCGGAUAAUGCGCAAACAAUUCGACUUGAAUUGGCCCGGAGUAAUACGAAGGUAUCAAAACCGAAGCAGAUAUCUCCUCCGAUAAUACCAAAUGGUCCACCAGCUUUACCGCAUCCUGUACUUCAGGCUGCAACGGCUUCACAGUUUGUUAAUUCCUUACCUACCUCACAUGCACAUGAUCUUGCCACCGCAGCGGCAGCUUGUCUUGAUCCUCAUAACAUAACGCAACUUUUUAAUGAACCACAGUUAUUAGCGCUGUCUACCUUACCACAGUUUACUCAGACACCGCUUUUAUUCCAUUCUGCAGCCGCUGGGCUUCAGCUACCACAGGUGACAACAAAUGCUGCAGCAAUGUUUCAACCAAACGCAGCUGCAUUAGCUCAACUAACUGUGGCAUCACAAGCUGCGGCACAGUUGACUGUAGCGCAGCAAGCUGUUGCUGCUGCGGGUGUAGCUGGAAUACCAAAUGUGGCAUGUUCAACGUUAUUUGUAGCAAAUCUUGGUCAGUCAGUUAAUGAGGAAGAGUUGAAGCAGCUAUUUCGAACUUUUCCCGGGUUCUGUCGUCUAAGAAUGCACACAAAAGGCGGGUCUUCAGUGGCAUUUGUUGAAUAUUCCGACAUAAGACAAGCUACACAGGCAAUGGCAGGUUUACAGGGUUAUCAAUUACCCAGUUCUGAUCGCGGUGGUAUGCGGAUUGAAUAUGCAAAAAAUAAGAUGGGUGAUAUUAGUGGUUGA